AUGGCGCCAAAGAGGCCAGCAACCACCUUCACGGCCGACCAGCCAACGGCUGCAGCCGCUCUCGCCGGCAAGCGCGUCAAGUUCGCGCCCAACAACGCCGAGACGGUCGCUGGCGCCGAUGGAGCAGACGACCUCGAGUUGGACCUCGAGCAGGGUGCAGGCGGUCCUUCCCGCAAGCGCAACAAGGUCACGACGGAGGGAUACGAUUCUGACUCGUCCGCCGAGUCGGACGGCGGGUUUGGCGGAGCAGGGGGCGGACGGGCGGGAAGGGGUGUGGGACAGCAGGCGGCAGAACCCGAGGAGGAUCUUGACGAGGACGACAUGUUUGGCGGUGGAGGAACCAGGAAGGACACGGGACUCGACAUCAAGGGGAAGAAGAAGGAGAAAGAGUUCCUCGAGAUGGGCGAUAUCGAGGGUCAGGAGUUCUCGAAGAAGGACGACGAGGAUUUCGACGAGGCAGACGACGAGAGCGAGGAGGAGUACCUGCCGGAGGAUGACGAGGCGAACGACGACGAAGCGCCACGAGGCAGGCGGAGCAAGAAGGGCAUGGGUUACUCCUUAACCUCGUUCAACAUGAAGGAAGAGCUGGGAGAAGGUCGAUUUACCUCGGACGGCACCUACGUCGCCAACAAAGUUGACCCUCUCGCCAAGAACGACGUCUGGCUCGAUGGUCUCUCGAAGCGAUCGAUCCGCGCAGCGAAAGAAGCGAAGGAGCGCAUGGACGCGCGGCAGAAGGAGCGCGAAGCGGAGGAAGCCAAGAGCGAGGAGCAGCUUACGCAGUUGCGCGACGACUGCCUCAUCGGCUUGCUCUCGCUCGUCCGGCCGGGCGAGACGGUGGCCAGGGCACUCACAAGGCUCGGGACCGCGAAGAAGCGUGCGGAGACGGCCGACGGUGGAUCAGCUGCUUCGACCAAAGCGAAGGGCAAGUCUGCGGCGCGCGACGGCGACGCCAUGGACCUCGACGAAGGCAUGCCCACCUCGCGCACCUCCGACUCCGACCUCCCUCCCGCUCAGCGCUACGCCAAAAAGAUCGACCGACUCACACAUUUCGCCUCGACCCUCCUCUCCUCGCACGGCGAACUCGAAAUUUACGACGAGACCUACGAGCAGAUCAUCAAGACACUCAAGGCGGAGGGUGCAGUGCGACGAGAUUGGGUCCCGCCCGUCGACCCCGACGUUGAGCGCGAAGAGGCGGAAGCUGCGGCGCACGCUAAGGCGGAGGCAGACGCGGCUUCUGCGGCGCGAGGAGCGUCGAGCGGCAGGUCGAGAGUCGUGAUCGCUCGACCAGGUGCUGGCGCACCUGCAGCCGCACCAACAGGAGCGCAGUACUACUACAAGUGGAACUCGCCUCCGCCGGGACAGCCGCCUGACCAGGAGUACGGGCCGUACGACCGCGCGACGUUCGAGCAGUGGGUUGCUGGCGGCUACUUCGGCGACGAGGCGUCAAGGAUUACGGUCAGAAAGGACGGGGAGCAACGAUGGGCCCCAUGGAAGGAGUUGCGGUAG